AUGGCGAUGUGGGCCGUCAUGAUACACUUCCCGAACAUCUUCAAGGAGUGGAAGGGUAAUAAGAAUGCGCCAGCUCUGUCCAAGGACAAUGAACACUUUGCGUGGGGAUAUUCCCACGAGGACUGGACCAGAGCAUAUUACACGGUGUCGAUGUUCUUAUAUCGUCGCCGCACCCAUGAACCCAUGUCAUGGGACAAGCGGGCAGCUAGGGUCCCAGAAGAUGUGAGCUGGGCGGGCUACUACAAUGCAGAAGAGGCCGCGGUGGAAGAGUCUGAAGCUCUCACCUACGACAGCAUGAUGGCACUGACAUCGCUCAGCCUAGAGGAGCUCGUCGCACCGGCGGAUUACACUUCCGAUCAAGGCUCCGAUGAGGACACCGAGGAAGAACGGCACGUGAGAUUCCAGAACGACCUGGAGAGAAUGAGCAUGCAGGACGAGCUGGACCACUACAAUAAGAUCUACUCGCCGGCACUCGCCGAUGCCGAAGCAGAGACCCUCCGUCGGUCCAUCCGGGCCGACCAGCAGCAUCUGAUAUUGGGGAUGUUUCGGCCAGCCCGGAAAACCACCUCCACGAUCAACGAGAAGGCCGCAGCGCUUCGUAGGAGCGAGCUUACGAAAGUCGAACUAGACUUCCUCUUGGAUGUUGCGGAAACCAUCGCCAAUGAGAAAGAGUAUGAACGCGCUGGCGAAACCCUCGCGAAGGACACACGCCUGCUUGCGAUUUCAAAAGGGGAGGGUGACGAGGCAAUCCGACAUGCGUUGGCAGCAGAACGCAACACGCCGGCCUACGAUGCCGCUGAAGUGCACAAUCCCGGCGGCGCCCUGCAAUUUGAUCCCGACGCCGUGGGGCUCGCGGAGUCCCGCCGCCUCAUGGGCGAGAAUCUUCCCCAAGACAACGACUUGAUAAGAAUCGUGUCGGAGCUUCUGGUUGCUCCUAAGGGAGCAACAUGGAAUAAUUGCCCACUCUCACCCGAUCAGCCCGAUUCCUGUCUCAAGCCGCAUCAAAUCAUCGACAUCGCAUGGCUCCUCGCUCAGCUCUCGCACCCGGUUCGCGCCGCCAUUCUCGCCAACGAAUGCGAUACUGGCAAGACAGCCACGGCUUUAUUCGCCCUAGCGGAGGCGAUUGCCCGGCACAAGGCGACUAAGAAGAAUGACCCGUCAGCAACCUACAAGCCCUCGGCGAUCGUUGUGCCCGCCUCCAUGCUAGACCAAACGUAUUCGGUGAUCGUGGACAAGUUCUACCACUUGUUCCGAGUCCACGUGUUUUACCAGGAGAGGCAUACGGCGCCCAGGAACCGCCAAAAGAACACAAUUGGCUCCCAAGAAGACUUUGUGGCGCUCAUGCAGAGGUUCAAGUCGGAAGAGGCGAAGCCGGAGACGGCGAACAACAUCAUUCUGAUGACUUACACGGCCAACAACUGUCGCUUGAUCCCGAGUGAUCAUCAGUCUCAAGUUAACGUCUACGGCGAAGAGUCGGAUCAGGUUGAGGAGGAAGUCGCCGCGAAGUUUGAAGACGACUUUGGGAACUCCAACGAGCAGAACACCAGCAGCGGAAAGUCAUCGCGCAGCCGGGACGGUCGAAGAACGAGAAACGCGCACUUUGACCUCCCGUGUGAGGUUGACCUCUUCGGAUUCAUUGCCGACGAGGGCCACAUCAUGAGGAAGCCUCACUCGCUACCGUGGAUCAUCUGCGCAAAGUUUAAAAAGGAGUUCUUUUGGCUCUUGACUGCUACGCCGACGGUCAGUGGAAUUCGUGACUUACACGGAUAUCUGUUGGCAUUCUGGGAGAAUGCCUUUGGAUGCAGAUCAGCACCUGCUAACUCAGACUCUGCCCUUGAGAUCAUCUAUACCGACCAGUUCAUUGAAGCUUUCAAAAAGCGUGACCACAGGGAGAUGGCUCGAUUAGGCGUUCAGUUCAACACGCUCGUGACAACGACCGAGGAGGCCUUCGCACAGGCGAAGGAAGGUGGCGACAUGGGUUACUCACUGAGUACAUUCCAGGAGGAUAGACGCAAAGACUACCGCGCGGCAAUGGAAAACGGAAUCCCGAUUUACCUCUUGAAUCCCCAGAACUUCCUGCGCCAUGGAAGGAAUACGAAGUGGAGUGUCGAGUUCACCUCGACGGCCGUCAAACAUGCCCUGGCCAUGUGCCAGGUCCGGAGAGGGAUGUUGACGCCAAUCACCCUACCCGACGGCUCGCAGACCUGCCUAGGAGAGGAUAUGCCGCCCUGCGACGUCCAGACCAUCGAGCUAGCGCAUGAAAGCCGAGGAGAUGUCAAGUCCUUGGAGAAGUUUAUCAGCAGAUACACAAAUGAUAUGUUGCUGCAACCCGUGAGCAGCCUCACUUCUACCGAGGGCGGGGCCGAGGAGAUCAACGACCACACCACAUCUCGCAUCAACAUCGCAGCGAUGCGGAACGCGUCGCUCGUCAGUACGAAUCUCUGCUUUGCGGCGUUGAGUGACCCUUCGAGGCGCCUGGCGCCAGCAACAAUGGACGGCUCCGCUGCCGCAAAGAUGAACGACGUAAUCCCCAUGGAUGCCACCUACUGCCUGCAGUACUAUUACCUUGCUACCCGAAUCGACUUGCAUUAUGCAUGUCCGAGAGACACCGUUACCCUUGCUCGGUACGCCAUCUCCAGGUCACCUAAAAUGGCUUGGUGCUUCAAGUACGCCUUCGAGCUCUCCAACAAGGGCGAGCGAUGCCUGUUCUACACUAUUAGCCCGUUGACCGCUAUGAUACUGAGCGCCGUACUCACUUUGUGCGGUAUUGAAACUCUAUACGUCCGCUCCACUCAUACCCAGACUGAACGCGACCGGAUGCUUGCGGAUUUCAACGAUCCCAACUCUACAGUGCGUGCAUUGGUGACUUCUCCUCUACUGGCCGCGUCUGGCGUCAAUUAUCACAAUGCCUGCCACAACGGCGUGGUGGUGGAGAACUGCCCAAACUUUGGCCUACAAUGCCAAGUAAUCGGCCGCCUCUGGCGCCCUGGUCAGGAAGAGAAAGUGCACUGGAAGCUGCUGCAAACACAGAAAUCUCUGGACCCGUGGAUCGAGACGCGGAACCUCGGGGCAUACGCGAGCAACGCGGAGGCGGAGGCUGCCAUUGACGACCGUAUCCAAGGCCCUCUCCGUACAAUCUGUGCGUUCGAGAUCCUGCGGUUCUACAUCGGCGCCGGCUACAACUACUAUCCGCGCUGCUGGCGACCAUGGAAUCUCUUGACAAGCGACGAGGUCCGGGAAGAGGGCAUACUGUUGUCGGCGGUCGCGCAGUGGCUCAUGGCGCACCCCGAGGACGCAGGAGACGCUGUCCCGAUGAUCGAAAUCGCUAAGCGGUGGAAUAAGUCUAUGCCGAUGACGCGUGACAUCAUGGUCGGCGCAGCUCGGGAGCUCGGCCAUCAGGACUAUGUCAAAUUCAACUGGUUCGCCGCGAUGGACCCAAGCCUGGGCGACCCAGAAGAGAGAGCCGAGCUCUUCAAGGUUCUGGGUAUCUAG